ACUAGAUCCGCAUGGAGUACAUCGCCUUUCUUACCGAUCCCUCACUGGGGAUGAGCGAUUCCAAUCGUACUGUCGACGUGUCAAUGAGACCGUACACUCCAAGGGCACUCCCAAGGCCAGUAUUGCUUGUGCCUCGGCAUGGGUUGUCCCGGCCUAAAACCGGCUAGCCUUGGAUGGCAUCAUUGUCCCUGCAUUGCGAUGUCUGGUUUUGUUCCUCACACAUCAUGUCUGAACGACAGAACCUGCCGGUGACCAACCUUCAAAACAAGUGUUAAGUUCAACAGUUCAACACAUGAGCAACAUGCUCCCUCCUUCCGUCCGGGCGUUGAGCCGCCGGGCCUGGAAGGUCAUUCGGGUCAACUGGCACCUGGGAGUGACCGCCUUCGGUGGCCCGCCUGUGCACUUCAAAAUCUUCAACGAAAGAUUCGUUAAGAGAACGCAAUGGAUCGACGAGCAGGUCUUCCAGGAGCUGUUCAGCAUCUCCCAGUCGCUGUCCGGGCCCGCCAGCACCAAGAUGCUGUACUGCAUCAAUCUCAUCCGUGGCGGCUUUAUGUCAGCUUUGCUUAGCUUCCUGAUCUGGAGCCUCCCCGGCGCCAUCGGGAUGUACGCCUUGUCCAUUGGCGUAUCCAACAUCAACGAAACACUCCCGAGACCCGUCUACGCCCUGCUUUCCGGUCUCAACUCAGCUACGGUUGGAGUCAUUGCCAUGGCCGCCGUUGAGCUAUCCCAGAAAGCCAUCACAGACAGGCUGACACGCCUCAUCGUUUUCCUGACGGGCGCUGCUGGCAUGCUGUACAACGCACUCUGGUACUUCCCCGUCCUGAUGGCCGUGUCAGGAAUUGCGACGCUUGUCUUUGACUUCCGCUGGGUCCACCGGCCUCUUGGCCGGCUUGUCACCGCCGCUGGGAGACUCCGAGUCCGAAGCCAGACCAACGAGGAAGGUUCUGAAACCGGAAACAGCGCAGCCUGCUCCCACCAUUCGAAUAUCGACGCCCAGCCUCAACCCGAGCCACCCACGCCCGUCACAGACCUCCCAAUCAACGAACCCUCACCCUACCCCGCUGCAACCGAAUCCGAACCACGCAUCAUCCCCCCGUCGCACCAACUCUCCCUACCGCACUCCCUGACCUGGAAGACCGGCACAUUCAUCAUCGCGUCCUUCCUCCUAACCUUCGUCGUCACCACGACCCUCCGCAGCACCCUCCACCUCUCGCCGCUCCUCUACCGCCUGUUUGCAAACAUGUACCUCGCCGGCACCAUCAUCUUUGGCGGCGGCCCCGUCGUUAUCCCCCUGCUGCGCGAAUACGUCGUCGCCGAGGGGUGGGUCUCGGCCCGCGACUUCUUGAUCGGCCUCGCCCUAAUCCAGGCGUUCCCGGGGCCGAACUUCAACUUUGCUGUGUUUCUGGGGAGUUUGACGGCACUGAAGGCGGGGUAUAGCUCGGCUUCUGGCGCCGUGGUCGCGUGGGUGGGGAUUUUUAGUCCUGGUUUGGUGCUGGUGCAUGGCACGAUGGGCAUUUGGAGUGCCGUGAGGAAUAGGAGGUGGGUGAAGAGUGCCUUGAGGGGCGUCAACGCUGGCGCGGUUGGGUUGAUGUACACGGCGGUGUAUAGGAUUUUUGAGGUUGGUUAUAUCGAUGAGGGUUUUCAGGCUGGGAGGAGUCUUGGGGAUGACCCGUGGUGGGUGGUUAUCACGGCGACAAGUUACGUUGGGGGGAGGUAUUUUGGGAUUAAUGCCCCGUUGGCCAUUGUGCUGGGUGCGGUGAUGGGGCUGCUGAGGUAUGCUGUUGU